AUGUAUCAUCAUUUCCAGUUCGAUUCGUGCGACAAGCAACGUCACUUUGGCAGGGAAAUUCCCAGACGAGCAGCACAAUAUCCCGUCAUUAAGAAUGCCAUCUUCGCGGUGUCCUCACGCCACUUGAGCCUGCUAGCUGGUUCAGAGGAUAGCGAAUCACCGCACUACGUGAGCGAGUGUCUUCGCAUUCUAAUCACAGCCCUGGAAGAUCCGUUGAGUCAUUUCGAUGAAAACCUUCUUGCAGCAGUGAUAUUGCUGAGGACGCAUGAGGAACUGUCGGACAAUGACGAGAGAUGCCACCUGUUCGGCACGACUCGGCUCUUGAAUUCGAUAGCGUCGUUUGCUGCCGACGGUGGCCUACGCGAGUCGGCUAGCUGGGUCUCCCUGCGACAGCAUAUCUAUAUCUGCCUCACCUCGCAGCAUCCGCUGACCAUCAACCUUACCAACUACCGCCACUCAAAUGUCUUUCAAAACUCGGACGAUGAGUCGUGGGCGAACCGCAUCAUUUUUAUAUUCGCAAUCAUCCUGACACAAGUCAUCCGGCCCGAAGGCGAGCAACAAUUGUCCAUUGACACAUGGCACGAGUUAGAUGCAGACGUCAAGGCAUGGAACUUGUGCAAGCCAUGGCACUUUGCGCCGUUGUUCAUGGAGAGUCCGGGUAUCCCAGUCUCAAGUUCUCCGCGGCGCAGUGUUUGGCCAGAGGUGUUUGUGUGUGAUCCCGCACAGGUCGUCGGGUUGCAGCAUUACUAUCUAGCCAAGAUUGUCCUUGCCAUCUAUGAUCCCCGUCUGUCAAGGUUGAGCUUUGACGCCCUGCGGCUUAGGAGAGCCUCCGAGGCUACUGUCCGGGAGAAUCUCCGACUGGCAAUUGGUCUUGCAGUCAGCAAUGAUCACGUCACCACCGCCAUGCUUCAAGCAUCACAUAUCCUGUCAGCUUGCGGCAUGUAUCUGACCGACCCUAGAGAGCAAGAAGCGGCGCUCGACUUUCUUACGCGGUUGAAGACACAAAUGGGCUGGCAGACGGCACAUAUCCUGCGCGAUCUCCAGGAACAGUGGCGGAUGUAG